AUGUAAAAAACGCAUUGGUGACGAAGAAUCCAAAAUGGCAGACAAUUUGGAAAACAAAAAUUCUGAUUCAGGACCACAGAAGAAGCCAAGGUCCUUUGAUAUAACUGCCAUGUUUGAAGAGGCUAGAAAAACAGCUAUAGAGAGAUCACAAGGUAAUAUUGAACACCAUGAAGACAAGGAAUCGAAAAAAACUACAAAACCAGAUGAUUCCAGCAGUAGCUCAGGCAAUGAUUCAAGUGACUCAUCUGAUUCUGAAUCAGACAAAACUUCUGGAAAAGCCAAAAUAAAACCUAGUUCAAAUGAUGAUGAAAUGAUUGGUCCACCACUACCACCUGGAUUUGCACCUGUUGUAGAUAAAUUAAAACAGCAAAUCCAGAAAUAUGAUUCUGAUGAUGAUGAUUCUGAGGAAGAAGAGGAGACAUUAGAUCAAAAGAUUCCAUCUAGUCAUGAAAUUUCUCUCAAUCAUGGUGCUAAAACAGUAUCAGCAUUAACUUUGGAUCCUUCAGGAGCUAGAUUAGUGACAGGAGGCAAUGAUUAUCAGGUUAAAUUCUUUGAUUUUGCUGGAAUGGAUGCAUCAUUACGAUUCUUCAGACAAAUCCAGCCAUGCGAAAGUCAUCCAAUAAGGCAGUUACAGUACAGUUCUACAGGUGAUAAGAUUCUGGUUGUGUCUGGUAACUGUAAGCCUAAAGUUUUAGAUCGAGAUGGUCAUGAGGUGUUAGAGUGUAUGAAAGGAGAUCCAUAUAUAAAUGAUGUAGCUAAUACAAAGGGUCACACUGCAAUGUUAAAUGGUGGAUGUUGGAACCCAAAAGUCAGAGAAGAAUUCAUGACAUGUUCAAAUGAUGCAUCUGUUAGACUUUGGGAUGUAAACACAGGAUGCAAAAAACAUAAAAAUAUAAUGAAACCUAAAACACAACAAGGAAGAAAAUGUAUUCCCACAGCUUGUUGUUAUAGUAAUGAUGGACGAUGGGUAGCAUGUGGUUGUCAGGAUGGUUCCAUACAAAUAUGGGACCAUAAUAAAAAUUUUGUUAAUGUUGGAAUGGUGAGCAGAACAGCACAUAUGAAUGGUACAGACACUUCCUGUUUAUGCUUUUCGUAUGAUGACAGGGUCUUAGCAUCCAGGGGAGGUGACGAUACUGUCAAAUUAUGGGACAUAAGAAACUUCAAAACACCACUUGUAAGCAGGGAUGGAUUAACAAACUUCUUUCCAGUUACUGACUGUAUAUUCAGUCCAGAUGACAGAAUGGUGAUAACUGGUUUGUCAAUUAAAAAAGGUCAAGGUAAAGGCAAGCUGCUAUUUAUGGACAGACAGACACUUGAUACUGUGACAGAAAUUGAAAUAUCAGAUACAAGUGUAGUCAGAUGUUUAUGGCAUCCAAGGUUAAAUCAAAUAGUUGUAGGUAGUGCAGAUGGCAUUGUUAAGUUAUUCUACGAUCCAAAAAAAAGUCACAGAGGAGCACUACUCUGUGUUGUUAAGAAACCCAGGGAGUCCAAACAGAUGCAAGUAUUGUCAACUAGACAGAUUAUCACACCAUAUGCCUUACCAAUGUUCAGAGAAGCUAGACCUACAAGUACAAGGAAAUUUGAAGAAAGACAACGCAAAGACCCUUUAAAAUCUAGACGCCCAGAUUUACCUAUAACUGGACCAGGUGAAGGAGGACGAUUAGCAGAAAAAGGUGCUACUUUGUCACAGUAUGUUGUACAGAGUAUGAUACUAAGGAAACCAGAUAAAUAUGAGAGCAAUCCAAGGGAGGCUAUCCUGAGACAUGCUAAAGAAGCAGCAGAAAAUCCUUUUUGGGUGGAUGUAGCUUAUCAGAAGACACAACCAAAGAAAAUAUUUCAACAACCUGAGAGGGAAAAAGAGGAAGAUGAUGAUGACCAUCCUUUGUACAAAAAACACAAAAUGGGAUGAACUUAAUGUCACAAUAAUACCUCUUUUAAAAACAUAUAUCUAGAAUUUAUUGACUACAAGGUUGGUGUGUAUAUUGUGAAGUAAAAUUCUGAAGAACAACAGCUAUUCCAGUAUUGCCUGAGAGAGCUAUUUACAUUUUGCCAUAUUGGGCCAAGAGACGUACCGAUUCUUUAUGGAAAAACACAAAAGCAAUAUAAUAUGCUAUCAAGAUAUGAAUACACUUUACCAGUAACUAAAUUCAGACACGACAUCCAGACUGUGAUGAAAAAUACAGUAUAAAUUUUUAAACUUUG